AUGUCGUCACAAUCGGGUCAAGCCCAGGGAGGCCCUCCAUACCUCCCCACAACCGCCGGCCUCGGUGGCCGCCCAACCGUCUCUGUCGAUGAUCCCAUCUCCGGCGUACUUCUGGCCUUCUUUGUUGGCGGCGCCGUCCUCAACAUGACCAUCUUCCAGCUCAACAAACGACGCUCUCACAAGUUCAUCCUGUCCGGCCUCCUCUUCGGCUUCUGCAUGGCCCGAAUCUCUGCCAACGUCCUCCGCAUCGUCUGGGCCUCGUAUCCGAGCAACGUUCGUGUCGCCAUCGCCGCUCAGGUCUUCGUCAAUGCCGGUGUCGUUCUUCUAUUCGUCGUCAACCUCAUCUUCGCGCAGCGCAUCCUCCGCGCCUUUCACCCGCACAUUGGCUGGAGCAAGCCCGUCACGCUCGUUUUCCGCUUCCUGUUCUUCAGCAUUGUCGCCAACCUCAUCAUGGUAAUCGUUGCCGUUGUGUACAGCUUUUACACUCUCGACACGACUAUCCGUUCUCAACUCCGCAAAAUACAGCUUACUGCUGUUACCUACCUUGCAGUCCUGGCCUUCUUGCCCCUGCUCGUCACUGCUAUUAGCAUUCUGCUCCCGCGCAAGGCUCCCAUGGACAAGUUUGGCCAAGGUCGCAUGCGCACCAAGGUCUUCCUUCUUGUCUUCACCUCGAGCCUUCUCACUCUUGGCGCAGCCUUCCGUGCUGGCGUCGCUUAUCAAAUCCGCCCAAUCGCCCACCCAGCCUGGUUCCACCACAAGGCUUGUUUCUAUGUUUUCAACUAUGUUAUUGAGCUCAUCGUCGUCUACUCCUAUGCUCUGUCGCGUUUCGACCGUCGCUUCCACAUCCCGGAUGGCAGCAGUGGCCCCGGCGCCUACUCCAGCAGCGACUCUUCCAAUGACCGUAUCUACCGUGUCAACACCGAGUCUGAGGUCUUUGGCGACGACGAGCGACCUCGAGCUCACCGGGCGCAACCGAAGGAGGAGCCCAAGAACGAAUCCGUAUAA